CUCCAUCCCAACUUCCAGCUGUUGCCCUCAGGCAGGCGCUAUAAAGUGCCACACGUGUACGGAAAGCUGCCUACCAGAGGUCCUUCGUGCCAGCAGCCAUCACCAUCCUAAAUAAAGGUACAAGGAUUUAGGAGGAAUCCAACACAGUCUGAAGAGAAGAGGGUGCUGACAUCCAUUAUCAGCCAUCACCUUGUUGAAUGUGCCCUCUCUUUCGCACAAACAAGAUGAGCUCUCAAUCUAAAUAAUUAAUGAAAUGCAGGGAUUUCGACUUUGCCCGAAAUUACUGGGGAAGGGAUGUUUGCGACACCCCCUUUCGAGAGUGUGAUAUUGUUUGACAUAACAUUGAACAGUUGACAUUGGUAUCUCAAACGUCAACAGUCACCAUGUUGUCACUGGAAACAAUAUGCGGGAUUUCAAGUCACGUGGUAUGGGAGGUUCACACAGCGGUCACCUGUACUGUACUUUAGCGCGAGGUCUGCCAGCCUCUUUGUGAGGAUGGAUUUAAUCAAUUCAUCCAAAAGCGGAGUAUAUUACAGAUUGUCCUGACAGACAUCACGACUACAACACUUUUCGUUCUGCUGGACUUCUUCUGCUUUCAGUGGUAAGUAUAUUGUUCCCGUGUCCUGUCCAUCAUUUGUCGGCUGCUACCAUCAACACCUUUCUUCUCGUGUGAACAGCACUAGACACAAGGGUGGAACAUGGUCUUCACUCAUUUCAACUAAAGAUGGACAGCAGCAGCCAUGAGCAGUGUAUUUACUGAUAAGCACAAGUAUAAGCCUAAUUAAAAAAUUAUCGUGGCUCUUAAUGAAUAGAGGCUUAAAAUAUCAGCGAUUAUUUCAGUGUGCUUUGCACAACAUAUUUUAUGUAAAUGAUAUAGGGACAGGUUUGUUAAAUGCUUGGAAAUUUCUCCUCUCUUUUGUGUGUGUGUGUUUGUGUUAGGAGAAGGGAUGUAGAAAGGACUUUCGUCAAAACUGUAGCUGAAGUGAAAAGUAUUUGUUAUUUAUUGCUCUCUCUCUAUAUAUAUAUAUGGGAUCUGGCGAGCACAUCAUGGUGAAAUUUAAAAGCGAUAAACAAAACAUUAGUCAGCACAUUUCUGUUUCUCCAACGAUUCGUUCCUUUACUAUAACAAUAUUAAUUGUGUGACUGCCUAUGGAUAUUUAUUAUUAAUACAUUUAUUAACAUAUAUCUUGUUCUCUCUGCCCACUGUUUUUUCGGAAUCACUGCCUGGCGCUGCAACUCGCAACUUUUACAUGACAUGUCUCCAAGUCUGGCAAAGAAGUUGGAGUGGACAUUGUAGACAGCUUUCACGUGAUCUACAGAGGAUCUUGCCGUUGCCAUGACUACAGCGAUGAUUCAAGAUGAGGCUACAACAUUUCUGCUGGGUGUGAUGGUGACGCUGGUGCUCUUACUAUGGUGGUGGUCGACUCGGCGUCCUUCCGGCUUACCCCCGGGGCCUGGAACAGCCCUCCCUCUGAUCGGUCAUCUGCACUUGCUAAGCAGAGAUCCCAUGGUGCAGUUCUCAGCGUGGCGGCGACAGUACGGCGAAGUAUUCAGUCUCUACGUUGGCAACCGUCUGAUAGUGGUGCUAAGUGGCUACAGGGUCAUCAAGGACGCCCUGGUGACACAUGGCGACGUCUUCUCUGACCGGCCUCACAUGUUCCUCACGGAUGUAAUUGCGAAAAAUAGAGGUGUUGUCGGCACGUCGGGCGCCCAUUGGAAGGAGCAGCGGAAGGUGUCGCUUAAGAUUCUGCGUGAGAUGGGGCUGGGCAGGAACUUGCUGGCCGAGAAGAUCCAGGAGGAGGUCAGAGAGUAUGUCAAGGCCGUGGCCGCUCUUCAGGGUGCUGCCUUCGACCCCAAAACACUUACUUACACCAGUGUGUCCAACAACAUUUGCUCCAUCGUCUUCGGAGAACGCUUCGAAUACAACGUGUGGAAUGCAAGCCUCACUUUGUUUAAUCGGUUUCUUACAUCUUCGUCUCUACCUCCAUCUUUGCUGCCUAUGCUGCCAAGGCCAGUCAUCGCUCUGCGAGCCUAGUGAGCUUCGUCUGUGCACGUUGUUGCUUGUGGGACAAGAGGCUGAUGUCAUCCGCAAAGUCGAGAUCCUGAACUUGCCUGGCAAAGGUCCACUGAACGCCCGUGUUGCUGUUAGAGGUUGUCUUGUCAUGAUCCAGUCCAUGACGAUCAGCAAGAUUGUCAGCGAGAGCAUAUACAACCUUGCCUCACUCCAGUCCUCGCUGAGAAUUGUAGCUUUUCAUUGUUCUUGUUCUGUUAUGGGAUUUUUUAUUUUUUGUUGUGAACUUUAUAAUUUUAGAUUUGUGUACUACAUACAAUGUAAAGCAGAUUAAAGAAUGAGGAAAUAAAAAGACACACAAACACACAGGACGAAAAUCAGAAAACAUUGAUUUGCAAAGGAUUAAACAGAUAGAGAGUGAAUAUAGAUGUGAAUUAUGUGACAGCUUUAUGAAUAUUUAUUGAUUUAUAUCUUACAAAAUAAGAUAGUACUAACUUUACUACUGAUUUUUUUAAUUUUCUGUCGCAGCAAUUUAUAACACAACAGUGUUCAUUUCCACCCAUCUCUGUACCUUCGUACGUUCAUGUCUUAGUAACGGCAACUGGAUGGUUAACAGACUCCAGUCAUUAACCCUAACCACCCACCAGCGCGCUCUGCGCAUGCGCUGAAUAAUUGAGGAAAUAGCCUCAUUAUGCGACAUUAGAGAUUAAAGCUAUGCCUUUCUUAGGAAAAAAAGAAAAACGAGAGUUGAAUCAAAAAAUAUGAAGUAAGGUAUUGUUUCACAGGGUGUGGCCAAUCCAUCCCCACUUCCGCCUCUUGAUGUCUUGGCUGGCAGGGUUUUGGUUGGCUCUCUCCCACAGGUCUGCAUUGGAGAUCUUCUCAGGCCAUCGGAUGUUAAG